GCCAUGCCCAUGCGGACGCAGGCCAAGGCCUUCACGCGCGCUCGCAACAACCGGGUCGCGUGGCUGCGAGAGGAGAUCGCCACGGCCACCAGCGAGGCGAAGCGAAGCAGGCUGGAGAAGGAGCUGGUGGCCCACGCCACCAACGGGAAACACCGCCUGAGGGGCGCACUGCUGCUCCAG